GCGCGAAGGUGCAAUUGCAACAUGCGGAUGGUGUAACAAGUCCACCCAAAUCACCACAUCCCAACAUGCGUAGCCGACACACUCGCGCUGCCAAACAUGUCGUCGACCAAAAAGAUUGCCGAAUUCCCUGACGUCGAGGCAAAGCUGCAAAAACCGGGCAAGCAAUCAGCAUUCGAAAAGCAAAAAGCCGAGGCCGAGGCGAAGCGUCGAAGAGAGGCCGCAGAGACCGCCGCCGUCUACGAGGAUUUUGUUAAAAGCUUUGCGCAUGACGACGAGGACGACUCCUCUCACGGACCCAGGCAUCCGCCGUCGAGAUUCGGUCAUGGCCCGCCCGAGAGACCACCGUUUGGAACCGGGUCCCCUUUCGGAGGAGGCGCUGGCAGGAGACACUUUGGCAUCCCCUCCGGCACUCCGCUGAAGAGCGGCCCGGGGAGUCUGGGACCAUCGCCGUCGUCGUUUGUGAAGAAGAGACCAUACGAAGGUUUUCAGCGAGAUACGGAUGAGGGCCGCGGGAGGCUGGGGUUCGACGACAGGGACAGGGAGAGGGACCUGGCCACAGUACCCGUCUCCAAGGCAUUCGAAGCGAGCGACGAUGAGGCAGAUGGUGGGACUGGUGACCGGGCGGAAGAGAAGGCGACAUCAAAGCCGACCCUACGCUUGGCAAACCUGCCGCCUGGUACAUCCCCUGCUGUCAUCAAGGCACUCAUGCCGGCGAAUCUAACGGUCGAGAACGUCAAAAUCGUGCCGCCUUCGGGCCCCGGCGGUACCGAACGCAAAUCGAUUGCUGCUAUUGUCACCUUGUCCAAGGAGACGCCGGCGACAGAGAUUGAUAAUGCCGUGAGCGCUUUGCAAAACCGCUACCCUCGGCUUCGGAAGGUUGAGGAGGGUCCAGUCAGGCCCGCUCACCAGCCGAUGGGCCACGGUCGGGCAUAUGCUCCACCGUCAUCAUAUGGCCCUCCUAUGGGCGGCCCGCUCAACAGAUCUGGAAUUCUUCAUGUUCCGGUCCGCGCUCCGCGAGACAUUAAACAGCUCCGCAUGAUCCACAAGGUCAUAGAGUCCGUCUUGGAACAUGGCCCAGAGUUUGAAGCGCUUUUAAUGUCCCGCCCGGACGUCCAACGAGAGGAGAAGUGGGCAUGGGUAUGGGAUGCCCGUAGCGAGGGCGGAAUCUGGUACCGCUGGCGGCUGUGGGAAAUUGUAACAGGCGCGCAGCCCGCGAAGGGCAAGCUCGAGUACAUUCCGCUGUUCGAGGAUAGCCAUGCGUGGAAAAAGCCUACACGGCGGCUAGCAUACGAAUACACGACAGACGUCGAUGAGUUCAUAUCCGAUUCCGACUACGACUCUUCAGAAGACGACGAGUUCGAGGAUGAGCAGCCUCGACAAGGCGACGGUGCGGAUCAAGAAGACACAUUCCUGAAUCCAAUAGAGAAGACGAAGCUUGCGCAUCUGCUCGGCCGGCUCCCGACGUCAUUAUCCAAAAUUCGGAAGGGGGAUAUCGCGAGAGUUGCAGCAUUUGCUAUCACCCACGCCAGCCGCGGCGCCGACGAGAUAGUCGACAUGAUCAUUUCCAAUAUUGAACACCCUUUCGCAUACACAUCGGCAAAUCCAGAUUACAAGCAAGGGGCGAAAGAACGGGAGGGUAGAGAAGACGACUCCGGCGACACCUCGCCAGCGCCAGAGGACAAAACCGUGUCUGACGCACCUGACCAGAGCGCAGCACGGCUUCUAGGACUCUACGUGAUCAGUGACAUACUGUCCUCUUCAUCCACUAGCGGGAUCCGCCAUGCCUGGCGCUAUCGGCAGUUGUUCGAGGCGGCACUCCGGAGCCGCAAGACAUUCGAGAUGCUGGGACUGAUGGCGGACAGGCUGAACUGGGGCCGCCUGCGUGCCGACAAAUGGAAGCGCAGCGUCGGGCUCGUCCUGAGCCUGUGGGAAGGCUGGUGCGUGUUCCCUGUCGAAACCCACGAGGCCUUUGUCAGCAGUUUCGAGAACCCGCCUGUCCUCAAAAAGGAGGCCGACGCGCUCGAAACGGAACGCAAAUCCGGCCGGUGGAAGACGGUCGAUGCCGUGCCCGCCGACGGGGGCAACGGCAGUGGCUUCCUGCCGGUGUCGACGAAACCGGUUGUUGACCAAGACGCAGUGGAUGAUUACGUUGAAACCAUCCUGUAUAUGGAGGACGGCGAUGAGGAGUUGGACCCUGUUCGCCUGCAAUACCUGGCAGAAUUGGACGAUGCGUUCUCUGACCUCGACCUCGACGGCGAGCCAGACGACGGCUUCGGGAUGGGGGCGGCGGGCGGUGAUGUGACGAUGAAGGAUUCGACGGAACCAGCGGAACCAAUCCCGGGCAGUCAGGAGGGCAAGCCCAUCGGCGGCUUCCAUAUGUCAGGCUCGAAGCCAGCCCCUGGAAGGAAGCGGAUGCGUGCCAUGGACAUGUUUGCCGAUUCCGACUCCGACGGGGCCUCAUAG